AUCACGAUGCCUGCCCAGUUUCCGGACUGUCCGCCUAUCAUCGGCGACUCCAUGACGGUGACCGACCAGGAGGGCCCCCGGCGGGUGACGCUGUCGUCGCUCGCCGAUGACGUGGUCAUCAGCGGUGUCAGCGGCAAGUUCCCGGAGUCGGACAACCUGCAGGAGUUCGCCGACAACCUGUUCGGCGGCGUGGAUAUGGUGACCGAGGACGGCCGGCGCUUCACACCCGGCAUCUUCGGCCUGCCGACGCGGUCCGGCAAGCUGAAGGACCUGUCGUCGUUCGAUGCUUCGUUCUUCGGCGUCAGCCCCAAGCAGGCCAACAAGAUGGACCCGCAGCUGCGCCUGCUGCUGGAGCUGACGCACGAGGCCAUCGUGGACGCGGGAGUGAGCCCGCAGUCUCUCCGCGGCACCAGGACCGGCGUGUUCAUCGGCGUGUCCCAGAGCGAGACGGACACCAAGCUGUCCGAGGACCCCGACCAGAUCAACGGCUACGGCUUGACGGGCACCAACCGCGCCAUGUUCGCCAACAGGAUCAGCUACACGUUCCACUUCACUGGUCCCAGCUACGCCAUGGACACGGCCUGCUCCUCGUCAUUGCUGGCUCUCAACAACGCCCUGCUCUGCAUGAGAACCGGCCAGUGUGACGCGGCCAUCGUCGGCGGCGUGAACCUCUGCCUGCGGCCCGAGUCGAGCCUCCACUUCGCCCGGCUCAACAUGCUCUCGGCCGAGGGCAAGUGCAAGGCCUUCGACGCCACAGGCGCCGGAUAUGUGCGCUCGGAGGCGGCCGUGGCCGUGCUGCUGCAGCGUGCCCAGCACGCCCACCGCGUCUACGCCACCGUCGUGCACGCCAAGGCUAACACGGACGGCUUCAAGGACCAAGGAAUCACCUACCCGUCGACCCAGGUGCAGCGUCAGCUGCUGCAGGAGGUGUACUCCGAGGCCGGCGUCGACCCCCGCCGGCUGGCGUAUGUGGAGGCGCACGGCACCGGCACCAAGGUCGGUGACCCGGUGGAGGUGGGCGCCAUAACGGAGGCGCUCUGCAAGGAUCGCUCGUCGCCGCUGCUCAUCGGCUCCGUCAAGUCCAACAUGGGCCACUCGGAGCCGGCCUCCGGUCUCUGCUCAGUGGCCAAGGUGCUGAUCGCCAUGGAGUCGGGCGUGAUCCCGGGCAACCUGCACUUUAGCCAGCCCAACCCCGACAUCAGCGGCCUGCAGGAGGGCAAGGUCCAGGUGGUGUCCUCCAACACGCCCUGGAGCGGCGGCUACGUCGGCAUCAACUCGUUCGGCUUCGGCGGCGCCAACGUGCACGUGAUCCUGCGCUCGGAGGGCGCCGCGCGGGCCGGUCCUCUGGCGGCGGAGACGCCUGCCCGGCUGGCGCUGGCGUCAGGUCGAACGGAGGCGGCCGUGGAGUCGCUGCUGGCGCCGCUGGGCUCGGCGGACGACCCGGAGCUGUGGGCCAUGACGGUCGACUCGCACCAGCCGGCCACGCCCGGUCACACCCACCGGGGCUUCGCCAUCUCCGGCACCGGCGCCGUCCAGGCCCAGGAGUGCGGCGGCGACCGGCCUCCUCUCUGGUACAUCUGCUCGGGCAUGGGCUCCCAGUGGCCCGGCAUGGGCCGCGAGCUGAUGGCGUUCCCCGUCUUCAAGGCGGCCUUCGCCAGGUGUGCCGAGGCGGUGCGUCCCCACGGCAUUUCGCUAAUGGAGCUGGUACAGUCGGACGACGAGGCAGCAUUCCAGCACACCACCAACGCCUUCGUCCUGAUCGCUGCCAUUCAGGUGUGCAUGAUUGACCUGCUGCGCUCGCUGGACCUGAGCCCGGACGGCCUGAUCGGCCACUCGGUGGGCGAGCUGGGCUGCGCCUACGCCGACGGCUGCUUCUCGGCCGAGCAGGCCGUGCUGGCCGCCUACUGGAGAGGCGUCUGCAUCAGCGAUGCGCGGCUGCCGCCCGGCGCCAUGGCUGCCGUCGGCCUGAGCUGGGAGGAGGCUCGCCGCCGCUGCCCGCCGGGCAUCGUUCCCGCCUGCCAGAACGCCGCCGACUCGGUCACUGUCUCCGGGCCGAGUGACGCGGUGGCCUCGUUCGUGGCGCAGCUGCAGGCCGAGGAGGUGUUCGCCCGCACCGUCAACUCGUCCGGCGUCGCCUUCCACUCCCGCUACAUCGCCGAGGCGGCGCCCAAGCUGCGCGCCGCUCUCGAGAAGGUGAUUCCGUGCCCGCGGCCCCGCACGGCCCGCUGGAUCAGCUCCUCCAUCCCGGAGAAGUCGUGGGGCCUGCCGCUGGCCCAGACCUCGUCGGCCGCCUACCACGUCAACAACCUGGUGAACCCAGUACUGUUCCAGGACGCCCUGCGGCACGUGCCGGAGGGGGCCGUCGUGCUGGAGGUGGCGCCGCACUGCCUGCUGCAGGCCAUCCUCAAGCGCUCGCUCAGCUCGUCCUGCACCAUCCUCGGCCUCAACAAGCGCUCCGCCUCCAACAACAUCGAGUUCUUCCUCAGGAGCAUCGGCUCGCUCUACACGGCCGGCCUGACGCCGUCCGUGCGCUCCCUGUACCCGCCGGUGCCGCUGCCCGUGCGCCGGGGCACCCCGCGCCUGGCCCACCGCGUCGGCUGGGACCACGCCGUCCCCUGGGACGUGGCCGACUUCAGUGAGAGGGCCGGCUCCGGCGGUGACCUGGUGGUGACCUGUGACCUGACCUCGGAGUCGGACGCCUACCUGGCGGGCCACACCAUCGACGGGCGCAUCCUGUACCCCUCCACCGGCUACCUGGUGCUGGUGUGGCGCGCUCUGGCCAAGAGUCUCGGCCGCCAGAUGGAGGACACGCCCGUCGAGUUCAGUGACGUCACGUUCCGGCGCGCCACCAUCCUCAGCCGCGACAACCGUGUCCGUCUGAUGGUGUCCCUGUUGGACGGCUCGGGCCAGUUCGAGAUCUGCGAGAACGGCGCGCCGGUGGUGACCGGCCACGUGCGGCUGGAGGAGGAGCCGCUGGGACCCACCCACCAACUGCUGAUGGACCAGCCACCUUCAGACUCGGCCGAGGGCGUGCGCCUGCUGACCCGCGACGUCUACAAGGAGCUCCGUCUGCGUGGCUACGAGUACACUGGCCUCUUCCAGGGCAUCGCCGAGGCCGUACCGGCAGAGGGGCGCGGCCUGCUGCGCUGGCACGGCCAAUGGGUGCCGUUCCUGGACACGAUGCUGCAGUUCUCCAUCCUGGGACGUGACCAGCGGACGCUGAGCCUGCCGACGCGGGUCCAGCGUGUCGGCAUCGACCCUCGCCGACACCUGCGUGACCUCACCGAUGGCGCUGACGUGCCUGUGCUGUCGGACCCCGCGCUGGACGCCGUCGUCUGCCCGGCCGUCGAGAUCUGCGGUCUGAAGGCGUCGCUGACGCAGCGCCGCCACAACCAGUCGGCGCCGCUGCUCGAGACGUACCAGUUCGUGCCGCACUUCGACCAGAAAGCAGGCCCCCUCCCGGAGGAGACUCUGCUGGGAGUGCUGGCUGACCUGGUGCUGGAGAACUCGGCUGGCAGUCGGCUUAAAGUGGCAGAGGUGACCGAGGACGGCGGCGACGGGCGGAUGCUGCGGACCAUCGUGGAGAGGCUCACCCAGCAGCCCCUGGUCCAGGCCGAGUCGGUGCUGGUGACGCCCGCUGAGCGCCCGCUAGAGCAGCCGCUGCAGCAGGAGGACCUGAUCGUGCUGAACGGCUUCCGGGCCGACCAGGAGGUGCUGGAGCGCGUGCUCGCUGGCCUGCGGGACGGCGGCUUCCUGCUCACUGCGAGCCCGAUGCCGGCCUCCUCCGCCGUCGUCACCCGGCGCUGGCUGCCGCUGGCCGCCGGGCCCGAGUUCGACUGGCUGCCGCGGCUGCAGCGCCACCUGGCCGAGACGCCGCAGCACGGCAGGCUGUUUGUGACGGCCGACGAGGGCGACUCCGGCAUCCUGGGUCUGGCCGCCUGCCUGCGGCGAGAGCCGAACGGACACGUCAUCAGAGCCGUCUACAGCCCGGGCCGGCCCCUGACAGAGGCCGACCGCGACCACGUGACCCGGAGCGACCUGGCGGCGCUGUGUCACGUGUCGGGCGGCUGGGGCAGCUACCGUCACGUGGUGGCGCCGACGCCGCCGCUCGAGCCCGUCCGGCACGCGUUCAUCAACACGACGCAGCGCGGCGACCUCUCCAGCCUCAGCUGGGUGCAGAGCGACGACCGGCACGUCGACGCCUCCCAGCUGUGCCAGGUGUACUACGCGCCGCUCAACUUCCGCGACAUCAUGCUGGCCACGGGCAAGCUGUCGGUGGACGCGCUGCCCGGCGACCUGGCCACCAAGGAGUGCGUGCUGGGCCUGGAGUUCGCCGGCGUGGACGCGGCCGGCCAGCGCGUCAUGGGCCUGGUGCCGGCGCGCGGUCUGGCCACCACCGUGCGCGCCGACCCGGAGUUCCUGUGGCCGGUGCCGGCCGGCUGGACGCUGGAGGAGGCCGCCUCCGUGCCGGUGGUGUACGCCACCGCCUACUACGCGCUGGUGGUGCGCGGCCGGCUGCAGCCGGCGCAGAGCGUCCUCAUCCACUCAGGCUCUGGCGGCGUCGGCCAGGCCGCCAUCACCAUCGCCCUCAGCAUGAACUGCACCGUCUUCACCACGGUCGGCUCGCAGCCCAAGAAACAGUUCUUGCUCAACACUUUCCCCAAGCUGCGCGAGGAGCACAUCCUCAACUCUCGCGACCUGACCUUCGAGCCGGCCGUGCGCCGGCUGACGGCCGGCCGCGGCGUCGACCUGGUGCUCAACUCGCUCAGCGACGACAAGCUGCGCGCCUCGGUGCGCUGCCUGGCGCAGCACGGCACCUUCCUGGAGAUCGGCAAGUUCGACCUCAGCCAGAACAAUCCGCUGGGCAUGGCCGUGUUCCUGCGCAACGUGACGUUCCACGGCAUCCUGUUGGACGCACUGUUCGGCGACGGCGACCCGGCGGCGAAGCGGCGCGUCACGCGGCUGGUGUCGGAGGGCCUGAGCAGCGGCGUGGUGCGCCCCCUGCCGCGAGCCGUCUUCCCGCGAGACCAGAUCGAGCAGGCGUUCAGGUACAUGGCGGCCGGCCGUCACAUCGGCAAGGUGGUGCUGCAGCUACGGCAGGAGGGCCGGUCCGAGCAACUGCUCGUGCCGGCCGUGCACCGCUGCUACCCGCCCGCCGAGCGUGUCCACGUCAUCACCGGCGGCCUGGGCGGCUUCGGGCUGGAGUUGGCCGAGUGGCUGGUGACCCGCGGCGCGCGCCACCUGGUGCUGACCUCUCGCAGCGGCGUCAAGGACGGCUAUCAAGCCUCUCGCGUGCACUCGUGGCGACGCAGGGGCGUCACCGUCCAGAUCUCGCGCGAUGACGUCAGCACGACGUCGGGCGCGGACCGCCUGAUGCAGGCGGCGGCCAAGCUGGGUCCGAUCGGCGGCGUCUUCAACCUGGCCAUGGUGCUCCGUGACGGCCUGCUGGAGGGCCAGACGGUGGAGACGUUCCGCCAGGUGGCGGCGCCCAAGGCGGAGGGCACAGUGCACCUGGACCGGGCCACCCGGCGCACCGGCUGCCAGUGGUUUGUGGUGUUCUCGUCAGUGAGCUGCGGCAGAGGCAACGCCGGCCAGGCCAACUACGGCUACGCCAACUCGGUGAUGGAGCGCGUGGUGGAGCGGCGCAACGCCGAAGGCCUGCACGGCUUGGCCGUCCAGUGGGGCGCCAUCGGCGACGUGGGCGUGGUCCAGGACACCAUGGGCGGCAACGACGUGGUGGUGGGCGGCACUCUGCCGCAGCGCAUCUACUCCUGCCUGCAGAUUCUCGACCGGACGCUGGAGGGCAGCGGUGUGGUGAGCAGCGUGGUGCUGGCUGACAAGCGGCCGGACGCCGGCAGCCGGGCCAGCCUGGUCGACACCGUGGCCAACAUUCUGGGUCUGAAGGACGCCAGCAAGCUCAGCGCGCAGGCGACGCUGGCCGACCUGGGCCUCGAUUCGCUGAUGGGGGUCGAGGUGAAGCAGACGCUGGAGCGCGAGCACGGGCUGACGCUGGAACCGGCCGAGGUCCGGCUGCUGACGUUCGCCCGGCUGGCCGAGCUGCAGGAGGCGCGGACGGAGGCUCAAGUGCCCGAUGUUGUGGCCAAGUUCAUAGUGCUUUCAGUGUUCGAUCCGCGGCCGGACGGCACGUACGAGACGGGCCGGCUGACGCCCCGCCGGCCGCUGGUGCCGCUGUGUGAGCCGGCCGGCUCCAGCCAGCCGCCCGUCUACGUCGUCCACCCCAUCGAGGGCAUCGCUCAGCCGAUCAGUGAGAUGGCGGCUCAGGUGGGCGGACCUGUGUUCGGCCUGCAGUGCACGAACGACGCGCCGUGGAGGCCCAUGCGGCUGGCGCGCCGCUCGUGCUGGCCGGCUACUCGUUUGGCGCGGCCGUAGUGUACGAGAUGGCCGCACAGCUGGAGAGGAGUGGCCGGCCGGCGCCGCGCGCGCUGGUGCUGCUGGACGGCUCACCGAGCUACGUGUCUCAGAUCACGAGCAGUUACGCGCGCAAGUACACGGACCAGCCGACGCAGGCGGCCGGCGAGGCGGACGCCCUCUCCAUGACGGCCGUCUCGCUAGUCAACAGCGACUACUCGAAGCUGCGCGCGGAGCUGAUCGCGCUGCCCUCUGUCGACGAGCGCAUCGGUCACGUGACGGCGGUGCUGGCCGGCUCGGGCCGGUUCAGCGACACUGAGCCGCUGCAGGAGAUCGUGCACCGCAUGCUGCUGCGGAUCCUGGCGGGACACGCCUACCAGCCUCAAGGUCAGCUGAGCACGCCCGUCACGCUGGUCAAGGCCCAGCACAACGACCGUGGCGCCGCCCUCGGCGAAGAUUAUCAACUUAGUCAGUUCUGCAGUGGCCCCGUGACCGUGCACUCGGUGGCGGGCAACCACGUGACCUUCCUCAAGGGUUCUUCGGCCGGCCGCGUGGCAGCGCUGCUAGCGGCCGCGGCUGCCGCCGACCAGUAGCCGGGGGCAUCGCUGGCCUGCGCUGUCCGCGCCCGGCAGCGGCCGCUGCCGCUCUGAAGCUGCACCUCACGAAGUGCUCCGGCCGGCCGCGGUGACGACAGUGGCGGAGUUGUGAUAUGUUCGUACAGGGACCAG